AUGUCUACUACCAGAAGGAGCUCUAAGAGAGCACGUCCAGAGCCGCAAUCGCUGAAGAAGCAAUCACCGAAACCAAAACUCCAGGAUGAUUUGGAUCUCGAUAUGUCUAGCGAUAUGAAAGGCCUCAUGUCGGCGUUGCAUCAAAUCAGAGAGAAAGCGAACGAGGAUGGCCGGAAGAAGAAGGAAGAAAGCAUCUCCAGUGUGUCCACUGAGGUAAAGUCAAAGAUCGACGAGUUGAAGUCUAAACUUGAGAAAGAAAGGCAGAGCUUUACCAGAGCACUUUCAAAGACUUCAAAGGAGUGUGAGAAUAUCUUGAAGGAUGAAGCUGCCAAGUUUGAGGAGCUUCAUCACAAAUUCAUGAAAGACAAAGCUGAUCAUCUACAGGGAUUGAAAGACACUAUUUCCAAGUUUGAGGAAGAUAAGGAGAGGCUCUAUAUGCGUUAUGAGCAACUAAGGAAGAAGGAGAAGACCAUGAUAUCGGAUCAGGAGAAGUUCUGCGCAGAAAAGCUUGCUCAAUUGGAAGAGUCGCUGAAGAAAAAGAAACGGGGUGACAAAACUUUCAGCAUAUUGAGGAAAACUCUGGGCUCUUUUCUGGAGAACGAAGCCUCUGAUGAAGACUUCCCACCUGAUGAGUGA